ACUCCCGACUUCCACCCCAGAGCCUGGUUUGCUCAUCUGCACCCUGGCCUCUUCCUCUGCGCAGAUCUGGGGAUGUCUGCGUGCAGGCCGUGGUCCAGAGCCCGGUCCCAGGAAAGCCCACCUCCUGCUGCGUGGAUGGGGAGCGAGCCCCGCACCGCACGGGCCCUAGAGCCGCUCCUCUCCUUGGCCCCACGCAUUUCCUAGGUUUUCUGCCAAACAGUGUGUAAUCAAAAAGAUUUUCCAAAAAGUAAAACCGUGCAUGGAAUGAAUGAAACUCAACGUUCUGCUGAGUGAGAGAUGUCGGGCACAAAGGCCACAGAGUCUAUGAUUCCAUUUACUUGAAAUGCGAGAGAAGACCAAGCUGUCAGGGCAGAGGGUACAGGAGCAGGUGCCUGGGAGCGGGGCGGCCGGUUGGACGGACUCCACCCUGAAGCUUCAGGAAUGUGCGCGUCUUCAGAACACUGGCAAGGGCUCAGCACUUAGAGGUCGUGGCUCUUCGGGAAGCGGCCGCAGCUGUUGGGGACGCUGACUAAGCCCCCGGCUCCUCGGCUCCGAGCUGGUGCCUGUGCUGACGCGGAAGGGAGGGACGCCGUCCACGUGGCUCCUCGGCAGGCGCGGGAGCAGAGGGGGCCAGGGAGGUUCUCAUUGGUGCCGCCGGCCCGCGGAGGUAGGCGUGCCGGCCGUUCAGGGAGCUCCUGAGAGCGGCACUAUGAGCACAGCAGAGGUCGGUGGGACGCACUGAAGGCCACUGCCACGAAGCCAAGGGCCAGAGGAACAGCCUCCCCAUGGAGAAGUUCAAGGCUGCCAUGCUGCUGGGGGCCGUGGGGGAUGCACUCGGGCACAGAAACGCCCACAAGGACAGCAGUGCCUCAGGCAGGAAGGUCCGGGAGGGGCCGCAGACAAGCGGGGGCCUGGACCACCUGCUCCUCUCCCCAGAGACGUGGCCUGUGAGCGACAACACCAUCAUGCACCUGACGACGGCCGGGGCCCUGACCACAGACUACUGGUGCCUGGACGACCUGUACCGGGAGAUGGUGAGGCGCUACGUGGAAGUCCUUGAGAAGCUUCCGGAACAUUGGGCAGAUCCAGCUACCCUGGAAGGCUGCUCGCAGCUGAAGCCGGAUAACUACCUCCUCGCCUGGCACACGCCUUUCAACGAGAAGGGCUCGGGGUUUGGAGCCGCCACGAAAGCCAUGUGCAUUGGCAUGCGGUACUGGAAGCCCGAGCGCCUGGAGACACUCGUCGAAGUGAGCGUCGAGUGUGGCAGGAUGACCCACAACCACCCCACAGGCUUCCUCGGGUCCCUGUGCACGGCCCUGUUUGCAUCAUACGCUGCACAAGGGAAGCCUCUGGAGCAGUGGGGCAGGGACAUGAUGCGGACGGUCCCUCUGGCUGAGGAAUACUGUAAGAAGACCAUCCGGCACCUGGCAGAAACCUCAAAUCGUCCAGAGACAGUUGUGUUCAAUUCUUCAAGGGCCUUCUGCAUAGUGGUGCCCGUUGGCACAUCAGCUCCCCGUCUUACUGCUUGGACAUCUGUUCCCAGCCUCGGCCGCCCACCGGCCGGGAGAGAGGCAGCCGCACACGGGCCGAGCGCUGGCCUCUGCAGGGCGGCUGGGGCGUCCCAUCGGGCCUGGUCGUCUUGCCUCAAUCUUAGGUCGGCUCUGCUUUUCGUUCUGUAAAGCAGACUCGGGCCAGCUUCCCAGGGGCCUGUGGCCCCCUCGGACUUGGAGCCGCAUCCCAAGACCUGUCCCUGGGCCUGCCUGCAGCCCCCGAGCCGUCCCCUCUCCCGCGGGCAGCACUGUGCCCCGCGAGCCAGGAGUUCCCGUUGGGCUGUGAGGAGGCCGCCGCGGUGCGCCGCCCAGCCGCCUGCUGGAGGGACGCCCAGGGGCUCGAGCGUCUACACCUGCGCCGGCGCAGCUGCCGCCACGAAUGUCCUCUUCACCCUGUGAUUUUGGAAGGUCCUUUCAACGCUUCUGGGGUUUGUGCGCCGGGCGGUCAGCCGGGAGUAAGGAAAUGCCUCCUCCCAGGCUGCGUUGCAUCAGGGAAGAGAUACAGGCUCAGAAUUUUCAAGCGGAUGCUCUUGGAAGCAGAGCAGUCCUGGGUUGGGUUCGGAAUAGAGUCAAGGAGGUUUGGCGUUGCUUUGGGCCCCGUCUCCUCCUCUCUCCCUCUGGUUCCAAAGCAGCUGCAGACACAAGCGCCGCGGAGCCGCGGAGCCGCCCCGCGCCUGCAGCCCGCCCUGCU